UAAUGGUUACUUAAAAUGGCGCACACUGAAAAUAUACCGGUUAACACAUUCCGGAAUUAUUUGAGCAUACUUAAUGAUGCAACAGCAAGCGAGGAAAUCAAGCUUAAGGCUACACAAGAGCUCAGCGAACACUUCGAGAUGAUCAUGCAGUCCGCCUCCUAUCCAUCAUUUUUGGAAAAUGCGCUCAAAAUAUUUAUGCGAAUAUUGCAAGAAGGCGAGCCUCAAUUUAUCCAGGAGAAUACCAUGCAGCAUAUUCGCAAACUCAUAUUGGAGAUGAUACACAGAUUACCCAUUACAGAAAACUUGAGACAACACGUUAAGUCCAUUAUUUCAAUGAUGCUUAAAUUGCUGAAAACAGACAAUGAAGAGAAUGUGUUAAUAAGUCUUCGCAUCAUUAUAGAGCUGCACAAACAUUUUCGUCCAUCAUUUAAUCCUGAAAUCCAGCUUUUUCUGGGCUUCGUUAAGGAAAUUUAUACAAAUCUACCAAAUCAUCUGACUUCAAUAUUUGAAACCUCUAAUGAUGUUUGGAUCAGUGACCUAAAAGAUUUGGAUUUGGAGUCACUUUUGCCUGAAGCAUAUUCUGUAAAGACUAUACAUGUUGAAAAACCACAUGAGCCCAACUCACAGCAAAUGCUUUAUAACCUUUUACCCAGAGGAAUUCUAUCAUUAAAAGUGCUGCAGGAACUGCCCAUUAUUGUUGUGUUAAUGUAUCAAAUAUAUAAAAAUGCUGUACAUCAGGAGGUCUCCGAAUUUAUACCACUUAUAUUAACAACAAUUAACUUACAGCCAACAGUUAUACAAAGAAAUUCGGCUCAAAAGGAAAUUUUUGUUGAUUUCAUGGGUGCUCAAAUAAAAACGCUUUCAUUUCUAGCUUACAUAGUGCGAAUAUAUCAGGAUGUGGUUGUAGCAAACUCCAUAUCUGUAACCAAUGGCAUGCUAAAUCUCAUGGAGCAUUGUCCAAAGGAGGCGGCGCAUCUUAGAAAAGAACUUUUAAUUGCCGCAAGACAUAUUUUUGCAACAGAUUUACGCCAAAAAUUCAUACCAUCGAUUGAAAAGCUGUUUGAUGAAGACUUGCUCAUAGGGAAGGGUGUAACUCUAGACUCCAUACGUCCGUUGGCGUAUUCAACCUUAGCCGAUCUUGCGCAUCAUGUACGCCAGAGUCUAAGCCUGGAUGUUUUGAUUAAAGCUGUACAUCUGUUUGCCAAAAAUGUGCACGACGAGACGCUUGCCAUUGGCAUACAGACUAUGUCGUGUAAACUUUUGCUAAACUUGGUGGACUGCUUACGGCAUCAUAGUGAACACGAUCCGCAACGUUCACGAAAUGUGCUAACCACGCUGUUGAAAGUAUUUGUUAAAAAAUUUGAAACAAUUGCCCAGAUACAACUGCCAUUGAUAAUACAAAAAUGCAAAGGACAGACCCAAGCUGGCCAAGCAGCGCCCAAUACGGUUGGGAGUUUUUCGUUGCCUGCGUUAAAUGUAACUGAACUAAAAGAUGAACAAUUGGGCACUGAUCAAAAUAAGCAAUCCCCGAGUGGCUCUCAACUGGCGUGCUCCUUUAACGUCGCCGAAUAUCGCAGUUUGGUUAAAACUCUUGUCGGUGGUGUUAAGACUAUUACUUGGGGAUUCUUUAACUCCAAGACGCAUGCCGUGGAUGCAAAUUCCCAAUUGCAAGAGAAGCUAUUUAGUCCUGAGAUAUUAUGCACAUAUAUUGACCUGGUUCACUUUGCUAUGGAGGCGCUGGAUAUAUACACAAUUAACGUAAAUCCUAAUCAACAACGCACGCAGGGCCUAAUUUCCCGCAGCAAAGAGGAAAAAGAAGUGCUCGAGCAUUUUAGCGGCAUUUUUCUCAUGAUGCACUCACAGAAUUUUCAAGAAAUAUUUGCCACCACAAUAGACUUCCUGGUGGAGCGUAUAUAUAAAAAUCAAUCGCUUCAGGUUAUUGCCAAUUCAUUUUUAGCAAAUCCGACAACAUCACCACUAUUUGCUACAGUGCUGGUCGAGUAUCUACUAGAUAAAAUGGAGGAAAUGGGCUCAAAUUUAGAACGGUCCAAUUUGUAUUUAAGACUAUUCAAGCUUGUAUUUGGCAGUGUGAGCCUGUUUCCAGUGGAAAAUGAGCAAAUGCUGCGUCCACAUUUGCACAAAAUAGUUAUACGUUCCAUGGAGUUGGCUUUAAUAUCCGACGAGCCCUAUAAUUAUUUCUUGUUAUUGAGAGCACUGUUUAGAUCAAUUGGCGGUGGUAGCCACGAUCUACUUUAUCAAGAAUUUUUGCCGCUCUUACCAAAUUUGCUAGAAGGCUUAAAUCGUUUGCAAAGUGGCUUCCAUAAACAACACAUGCGGGAUCUAUUCGUUGAACUUUGCCUUACUGUGCCGGUAAGGCUGUCCUCACUACUUCCAUAUUUGCCCAUGUUAAUGGAUCCAUUGGUAUCUGCUCUAAAUGGUUCUCCCACGCUAAUAAGCCAGGGACUGCGCACUUUGGAGUUAUGUGUGGAUAAUUUGCAACCCGACUUCUUGUACGAUCACAUUCAGCCAGUGCGGGCGGCUUUAAUGCAAGCUUUGUGGAAGACGCUGCGUAAUCAAGAUAACGCCGCUUUGGUUGCUUUUCGCGUGCUUGGUAAAUUUGGCGGUGGCAAUCGCAAAAUGAUGGUGGAACCACAAACUUUACAUUAUGAUCGCAAUGAGAAGCCAAAAAUCUCAAUUGUUACGUAUUUCCAAGAGUAUGAGAAACCAAUUGAAUUGCCUGUAGAUGCAGCAAUAGAGUCAGCAUUCAAGGCCUUAAGCUCAAAUACAACAGAUCACUUCUAUAGACGCCAGAGCUGGGAAGUUAUACGUUGCUUCUUAGCAGCUUUCAUAAGCUUAGAUGACGAGAAGCACACGCUGCUGAAAUUGUUUACACAUAAUGAUUUUAUUGAAAGCAACAUAAUGAACUGGUCUAUAUUCCAUCAGAAGGUGGACAUGACAAGUGUGCGUGGCACGCAUCAAACAGCGCUGAUUGGCAUGUUGGUAGCUUCGGCUACCAAGGAUCUACGCGACUCGGUGUGUCCUGUAAUGGCGGCUGUUGUGAGACACUAUACAAUGGUGGCCAUUGCCCAGCAAGCGGGACCAUUUCCUCAAAAGUACUACAGCUCGAAUGGCAUUAAUCCGAUGGUCCUAAUCGAUGCCUUGGCUGCUUGCAUGGGACAUGAGGAGAAGGAAUUGUGCAAGCCAGGCAUUGCUUGCAUGGGCAUUAUUUUAGAUACGGCCACUAACAUAAUGGGCAACAAGGACAGAGCCUGCAAAUUGCCGUUGAUGCAAUACCUUGGUGAAAAAAUGACUGCUCUUUGCUACGACCGCCCGUGGUAUGCCAAAGUUGGUGGAUGUCAGGCAAUACAGUUCCUGUGCAAGCACAUGUCGCUGCGUGCGCUCUAUCAGCAUCUCUUUAACUUUCUUAAAGCAUUUAUGUUUGUGCUAAUGGACUUGGAGGGCGAUGUUUCCAAUGGUGCACUCGACAUAACCAAAAACUCAAUGAAGACCAUGCUGGAAAUUUGUUUGUCUCCCAUUAGUGCAGCUGCACGCUACGAUGAUCUUGAGGACUUACAGUCCAAGGCCACCUAUGAGGUGAUACAUGAACUUGUACGGCAUAUAACAAGCCCUAAUUCCAUUGUUAGAGAGGAAUCUAUGGUGCUCUUAAAGCACAUUGGUUCCAUACAAAAAAAGACUGUAUCCGAGGUUAUGGAUCCGCAUAAAGAUGUGCUUGCCGAUAUUAUACCACCGAAGAAACAUCUACUAAGACAUCAACCUGCCAAUGCACAAAUUGGUCUGAUGGAUGGCAAUACAUUCUGCACAACUUUGGAGCCGCGUCUCUUUACCAUUGAUUUAAACAACACUUAUCACAAGGUAUUUUUCCAUGAGCUACUCACGCUCAGUGAAGCUGAAGACGCUACUUUGGCCAAACUGGAUUGCUAUAAGAAUGUGAGCAGUCUUAUACCACUCAGGGUUAGUGCUUUGCGUGCUUUGGCUGCGUGUCACUAUAUAAAUGACAUUAGCUAUAAGGAAAAGAUCAUUUACAUUAUAUUCAAAGUGAUGGAAAACGACAAGGCCGAGCUACAAGAGACGGCAUAUCAAUGUAUGAAAACCUUCAUCAGUGGCAUUACACUGGAAAGAGAAAAGAUUCAAACCGCCAUGCGACCUUUACUGCUAAAGCUGGGUGAUCACAGAAACUUGUCCAUUCCCGCUAUUAAACGACUAUCAUACUUUACCCAACUGUUUCCACACAUGUUCAAUGAAAAACUGAGUGAACAAAUAUUGCAGCACUGUGCGAAAAUCAUUGAAAUAUUUGUUGGUCAAUAUAAAUGCACUAGUCAGAACAUAAACUUCUUUGCAACAUCCAAGGGCGGAGAGUAUGAGCAAAAGAUUGUGACGCUCAUUGAAAUGUUUUAUCAUAUAACAGCGUCUGCCAAGUAUAUAGAAAAGUUGUGUCAACUGGUACUGCAGACGGAGAAGAACCUGAUGAUAGAAGCCUCGAGUCCAUACAGAGAAGCUCUGCUUAAGUUUCUGCAGCGCUUUCCACUGGAGACAGUUGAGCUAUUUAUGCUCGACAGUUUCAUGUCAGAGCCACAAUGGAAUCGCUUUUUUAUAUUCAUUUUAAAGCACAAAGAUGGGCAAGCAUUUCGCAAUGUGAUUAAAAAUUCCAAGUAUACAAAUCUCUUGGAGUAUCUCAACUGGAAUACAGAUGUCCACAAGCAUGUGCAACAUCAGGCGGUGUUGAUAAUAUUCACUCUGAUGGAAUUGGAUGAUCAAUGGAUACCAAGCCGGCCAGAUAUUGUGGAUGCUCUGAAGAACAUGUGGCGCAAUAAUUUAUAUUCAACAUGCGUCGAAAAUGUUGCCUGCGACUUGUGGCACUUGGUUGGCAAAAUACUCUUGCUAUAUUUUUCCAACAAUACAAAUGAUAUUGAUUUGCUUUUCCAAUUACUAAGAGCUCUAUGCUUCCAUUUCAUUCCCGAUGUCUAUUUCUUACGCGACUUUCUACAAAACACUGUUGCCCAAAGCUAUACUGUCAAUUGGAAGCGCAAUGCAUUUUUCCAUUUUGUGGAAAACUUCAACAACAAUAUGUUUACUGAGGAAUUGAAAGCUAAAAUAAUAACAGCUGUAUUAAUUCCCUGCUUUACUGUUAGCUUUGACAAGGGCGAAGGCACUAAGCUCAUUGGCGCACCACCCACACCCUAUCAGGAGGAUGAGAAGAACAUUGUUUCUGUGUUUAUUAACAAGGUCUUUGACCCUGAGAAGCAGUACGAUGAUGCUGUAAGGAUUGCUUUAUUGCAGCUGGCUUGUCUGCUUGUGGAGCGUGCCUCCCAGCACAUACACGACGGUGAUGCCAAUAACAAGAGACAGGGUAAUAAGCUAAGACGUCUCAUGACUUUUGCUUGGCCUUGCUUGUUAACCAAGAACUGCGUGGAUCCAACAGCGCGUUAUCAUGGACACCUAUUGCUUGCUCAUAUAAUUGCCAGACUGGCCAUACAUAAGAAAAUUGUAUUGCAAGUGUUUCACUCUCUGCUGAAAGGGCAUGCUCUUGAGGCUAGACCCAUUGUCAAGCAAGCGCUGGAUGUGCUGACGCCGGCUAUGCCACUGCGCAUGGAGGAUGGCAACACCAUGCUCACCCACUGGACUAAGAAGAUUAUUGUGGAGGAGGGACAUGCCAUUCAACAAUUGUUUCAUAUUUUGCAAUUGAUUAUACGACAUUAUAAGGUAUAUUUUCCUGUUCGCCAUCAGUUGGUGCAACAUCUCAUUAACUACAUGCAACGCCUCGGUUUUCCACCCUCUGCCUCAAUCGAGCAUAAAAAGUUGGCUGUGGACUUGGCUGAAGUUAUUAUAAAAUGGGAAUUGCAUCGCAUUAAAGAGGAUGAGCGUGAAGUUAAAAUUGAGGAAGCCGAAGAAGAUUUAAAAGACAUGCAACAAAUAAAGCGUGCAGCAAGCGAGACAAGUGAUGUGCGUAAAAAAGGAGCUGAAAGCUCAACCAGUCAAGGUGUGGGCACUCAUGCUAAAACUGAGGACGUGCUGCGCUCUAUAGACAAAUCCUAUUGUGAUACGGUACUAAAUUUCUUAGUACGUUUGGCCUGCCAGGUAAAUGAUCCUCAACCGGGCGUCAUUUCGCCUGGCGAAAGCUUAUCCAGAAGAUGCAUUAUGUUACUGAAGUUGGCAAUGCGUCCAGAGAUAUGGCCGCAGCCAUUUGAUAUCAAACUAAACUGGCUGGAUAAGGUGCUAAUUACCAUAGAGACACCUCAUCAUAACUUAAAUAACAUCUGCACUGCCAUCGAUUUCCUAACCUUCCUGACUACCAUACUAAGCCCCGAACAGCUGGUUGCCAUAAUACGUCCUGUGCAGCGUGGACUCUCACUAUGCAUCAUACACCAGAAUACGCGUAUUGUGCGUUUAAUGCAUAUAUUCUUGACUCGGCUUAUGGCCAUAUUCCCACCCGAUGCACAGCAUAAGCAUAACGAUCUAGAUGUCCUCUACAGCGCCAUAAGUAAAAUGAUAACAGAUAAUCUCACGUUCUAUGAGAAGAGUCCGCAGCCCAAUGCUUCGUCUUUGUUUGGCACGCUUAUGAUCUUGAAGGCGUGUACGACCAAUAAUGCAAGCUAUAUUGAUCGCAUAUUGGUGCAGUUUAUACGGGUCUUGAAUCGCCUGACAAAGGAUCACAUUAACGUUAACACAAGCAGCAACGCAGCUAGCUCUCAACAAACCGACUCCCAUUCUCUUGCCCUGGAACUCUUGGUGCUAUCCCUGGAGCUAAUCAAGAACAGAAUUGUUAUAAUGAGUGUUGAAAUACGUAAGCUAUUUAUCGGAACUAUUUUGGUGAGUUUAAUCGAGAAAAGCUCAGAGGUCAAGAUUAUCAAAUGCAUUAUAAAAAUGCUUGACGAUUGGGUAAAGAACAAAGAUGGCAAUAUUGCCACGCAUGUGCCGUCUAUUAGAGAAAAGUCCGCCUUGCUCGUAAAGCUAAUGCAAUUUAUUGAAAAGAAAUUCGUCGAUGAGGUUGAGCUUAAUGUGCAAUUCCUUGAGAUUAUCAACUAUAUCUAUCGUGACGAGCUGCUGAAGCAAACUGAGCUGACCAGCAAGCUGGAGGGCGCCUUUCUUAAUGGCCUGCGUUUCCAAAAUCCCCAUAUACGCGCCAAGUUCUUUGAAAUACUUGAUGCAUCGAUGCGACGUAGACUACAUGAUAGGCUGCUAUAUAUAAUUUGCUCCCAAGCAUGGGAUACUAUAGGCUCACAUUACUGGAUUAAGCAAUGCAUUGAGUUGCUUGUGCUGACAGCCAACACUAUGACGCAAAUACAAUCCUCGCAGGAAGCGUUCAAGAUACCCAGCAUUACUUCAGUAAUACCUACAACAGUCGCCUCCGAUCAGGAGAAUUCGUUUGUCUCCUUCUUAUCCUCACAGUCCGAGUCUUUUGAAAAUGUGCAAAGCGUCGAUGACAAGGACGAUGUGUUUGACAUUGACUUGAACCUGGAGUUUACAUCCGUUCGCAAAGAGGAUUGCCAACAAAUAUUAUCCACAAGACGGGACACAUUGGUGGAACUCAUAUACAAGCAGGCUGAAUUCUUAGAGGCGAACCGUAAUAUCCGCACUGAUCAAAUACUAGUUGCCACUUCGCAGCUUUGCCACAUGGAUACACAAUUGGCUGAGAAGAUGUGGCUGGCACUAUUUCCCAGCAUCUGGAACAUAUUCUCUGAUGAUCAACGUCUGAAUAUAUCCAAGGAACUAAUACCAUUUCUCUCCUCGGGAACAAAUGUCAAUCAGAAAGACUGUAGUCCCAGCACGUUGAACACCUUUGUGGAGGGUCUAACCAAAUGUAAUCCUACGAUUUAUAUACCACCAAAUCUAUUAGCAUAUCUAGGCAAAUCCCAUAAUCUAUGGCACAGAGCCAUUUUGGUUUUGGAGGACCUGGCACUGACAAACUCGAAGCGGAAUGAAAUUAAUAUUGCUGAAGGCAUUCCGCCAGAGAAUGAUGUGCAGCAGUUGAAUAAUAUAUAUGAUUCGCUCUCUAAAAUGUAUGCCGCUAUGCACGAGGAAGACCUUUGGGCUGGACUUUGGCUAAAGUAUGCCCAUUAUCCUGAAACAAAUAUAGCCAUAUCCUAUGAGCAAAUGGGCUUCUUUGAAGAAGCACAAGGCGCCUACGAUUUAGCUAUGACCAAGUUUAAGCAAGAUCUUAAUAGCGGUCUCAUCAAUAUUGACAUCAACACCGAGCUGUUGUUGUGGGAAAAGCACUGGAUGCGUUGCGCCAAGGAACUUAAUCAAUGGGACAUACUUCUGGACUAUGCACAAACAAACAGAGAGAAGAAUAUGUUUCUUAUUUUGGAGAGUUCAUGGAGAGUUCCCGAUUGGAAUUUAAUGAAGAACGCCUUGGCCAAAACAGAACAGUGCUAUUCCAAGCAAUACGGCUAUAAGCUAAACUUAUACAAAGGUUAUCUUUCCAUCUUGUACCAGGAGGAGAGACAAGCUGCUAGUGUGGAGCGUUAUGUGGAGAUUGCGUCGAGCUUAUGCAUCAGAGAAUGGCGUCGACUGCCCUACGUAGUUUCCCACAUUCAUUUGCCAUAUCUACAAGCGUCGCAGCAAAUUAUGGAACUGCACGAAGCUAGCCAAAUCCAUCAAGGCCUAACACAAGCCAGAAAUUCAUCCUUGCACGAUAUGAAGGCCAUUGUGAAAACAUGGCGAAACAGAUUACCCGUUAUAUCAGAUGACUUAUCGCACUGGAGUGAUAUUUUCACUUGGCGUCAGCAUCACUAUCAAAUUAUAACACAACACCUCGAACAGCAAUCGGAUCAGGGCAGUACGAUGCUGGGUGUGCAUGCCUCAGCGCAGGCUAUAAUCUCCUUCGGUAAAAUUGCCAGAAAACAUAAUCUUACCGGCGUUUGCCAGGAGACUUUGUCUAGAAUAUACACCAUUCCAUCAGUGCCAAUUGUGGACUGUUUCCAGAAAAUACGUCAACAAGUCAAGUGCUACCUGCAAAUGCCCUCAACAUCUGGUAGAAAUGAAAUUAAUGAGGCUCUUGAAGUCAUUGAAUCCACAAAUUUAAAAUAUUUCACGGGCGAAAUGAAUGCUGAGUUUUAUGCCUUGAAGGGUCUUUUACUGGCGCAAAUUGGCCGGACCGAAGAGGCGGGCAAAUCGUUCAGUGCGGCUGUCCAGCUGCACGACGGACUAACCAAAGCGUGGGCCAUGUGGGGAGAUUAUAUGGAGCAGCUCUACUUGAAGGAUAGACAAAUUAGUCUAGGACAAAACGCGUUAAUCUGUUAUCUCCACGCGUGUCGAAAUCAAAACGAGAGUAAAACUCGAAAAUAUAUUGCCAAAGUCUUGUGGUUCUUAUCUUACGAUAACUCGAAUGAUAUGCUCAUUAGCACAUUUGAGAAAUAUGUUUCCGGCAUCCCGCCACCUUAUUGGCUGCCAUGGAUCCCUCAAUUACUUUGUUGUCUUGAGCAGUUCGAGGGUGAUGUUAUAUUAAAUCUGUUAAGUCAGAUUGGACGCCUAUAUCCUCAAGCUGUUUACUUCCCGAUUAGAACUUUGUACCUAACAUUGAAGAUUGAACAACGAGAGAAACACAAAUCUGCUGAGCAGGCUGUGUUUGCUGGCAAAUGCCCAACAGCUAAUGUGGAAAACAUGGGAAGCAUCUCUGGUAGAGGUCAAGUGUCGGGUGCUUCAGUUAAUCCAAUUAAAGCCACACCGCCCAUGUGGCGUUGCUCGAAGGUAAUGCAGUUGCAACGCGAAGUGCAUCCUACAAUUUUAAGCUCGUUGGAGGGCAUUGUGGAUCAAAUGGUUUGGUUUAGGGAGAGUUGGACGGAGGAGGUGCUGCGGCAGUUGCGUCAAGGCCUAAUUAAGUGCUAUGCCAUAGCAUUUGAGAACAGAAGCACGGUUGUGAAUGCAACCAUAACGCCGCACACUUUGCAUUUUGUCAAGAAAUUGGGUUCCACAUUUGGUAUUGGCAUUGAGAAUGUGCCAGGCUCAGUGGCCUCAUCUGUGUCGCAUUCGGCAGCAUCGGAAUCUCUAGCACGCCGUGCGCAAGUGACAUUCCAAGAUCCUGUUUUUCAAAAGAUGAAGGAACAGUUUACCAAUGAUUUUGAUUUCUCCAAGCCAGGCGCCAUGAAAUUGCACAAUCUCAUAUCAAAAUUGAAAACUUGGAUAAAAGUAUUGGAAGCGAAAGUUAAAAAGUUACCCACAUCGUUUCUUAUUGAGGAAAAGUGUCGAUUUUUAUCAAACUUCAGUCAGAAGACGGCUGAGGUGGAAUUACCUGGAGAGCUACUGAUACCUUCAUCAUCGCAUUAUUAUGUGCGCAUUGCACGCUUUAUGCCACGUGUGGAGAUUGUGCAGAAAAAUAACACAGCCGCACGUCGUCUCUACAUAAGAGGUACAAAUGGAAAAAUAUACCCUUAUCUAGUUGUACUCGAUUCUGGACUGGGUGAUGCGCGUCGCGAGGAGCGCGUCCUGCAAUUGAAACGCAUGCUCAAUUAUUAUUUGGAGAAGCAAAAGGAAACCAGUCGAAGAUUUCUGAAUAUAACUGUACCCAGAGUGGUUCCAAUUUCACCACAAAUGCGACUGGCCGAGGAUAAUCCGAAUAGUGUAUCAUUGCUAAAAAUAUUCAAAAAGUGUUGUCAAAAUGUUAAAAUGGACUAUGAUAUGCCGAUUGUUAAGUAUUAUGAAAGACUGUCCGAGGUUCAGGCGCAAGGAACACAAAUUUCCCACACUAUUUUGAGAGAGAUCUUCUCGGAAAUUCAGUAUACAAUGGUUUCGAAAACAUUACUCAGACAAUGGGCCAUCAACACAUUUGCAGCGGCUACAGACUUUUGGCAGUUCAGAAAAAUGUUAACACUGCAGCUUGCAUUGGCUUAUCUUUGUGAGCAUGCUCUCAACCUGACACGUUUGAAUCCGGACAUGAUGUACCUGCACCAGGACUCUGGACUUAUGAAUAUUUCUUAUUUUAAAUUCGAUAUCAACGAUGAUAAAGAACAGUUUAAUCAACAUAGGCCUGUGCCAUUUCGUCUGACGCCUAAUCUUGGAGAGUUCAUCACAAAUAUUGGCAUCAACGGGCCAUUAUCAGCUGCAAUUGUGGCAACAGCCCGAUGCUUCAUUCAGCCCAACUACAAAUUGAGUUCAAUAUUACAAACAAUAUUAAGGGAUGAGAUUAUCACAUUACAGAAGAAAUCAUUUAGACAGGGGAAGGUACUUGAAACGUCAGAUGAGCAAAAUGCUGAUCAUAACUCAAUGGAGCAAACCAUACGAGCUGUUAACUCGGCUGUCGAUAUUAUUUUACUGCGAUUGAAUAAAAUAUCAUAUUUCGAUAAUAUAGAUAAAAAGAAAGUUUCUAUGCUCAUUCAAUCUGCAACUAAUAUUGAUAAUCUAUGUCGCAUGGACCCUGCCUGGCAUCCAUGGCUAUAAAUUUUUGAUAAAAAGAAUAUAAGUACCUUUAUUUUUUAAGUCUAAAAUGUACACCAUUUAUAUUACUGAAAUUAAACGAUCCGAACGAUCCGGCUUAUUUCAAGCUGAUUUGUCUUUGCUCUAGACUCCUGGACUCUGUAUUUCAGCUUUAAAUAAACU